AUUCAUGCUGAAUUUUGGAUUGCUGCAGGAAAACUUGGAGGAGUGAGACACGAUAGGGGCCUACCGAAUUGAGAGAAUAUUGCGCUCCGCAAGACAGCCACGCAAGUGAGUGACCAGGCCGGGGCUACCGCUGACAAGGCCGAAGAUGGCAACACUUCCCCGUCCUACUUCCGCGGCUCCUGCGCAAUCACUGGUGGUAAAGCUGCCAAGGAAUGGUGGGUGGUAGACCUCACUGAGAUGUACGACGUGGACAAGAUUGGCAUCGUCACGAAAGCAUAUGGUGGUCCUACUCUGCACUACAAAGAGCAAAUGACGAAGACAGCUAACCACAAGUAUCCAGAUGCUGCCACCGGAGUAAAGGUUAUAAAUGUCGCACAGCCAACUUGGGUCGGAACGGUAAACCAAGACAAUGAAUACGAGUGUCAACAGUGGUGUCGAGAGCUCGAUUUCUGCAACGCAGUGACCUGGGACACGAAGAAGAAGGAAUGUGGUGUUCACGAGUUAGUUUCCAAAACCACAACGGCGUCUACCGGAUUUAACUUUUACAAGAAAUCACUGGUGACGGUGCCGUCACUCGACAAAGCUGCCUACCUUAACGAAGCAAUGAUUGGAGUCUUGCGCUCGUUCAGCACAGCCGCAGCGUACAAGGACCACGGUUGGUUCCCGUGCUACCAGAAAAAGACUUUCACCGCGCCAGGAGACAUCCUUGGGGCACAUUGUCCGAAGGGGGCAUUCGGCCAGUUCAUCAUUGUGGAGAAAAACGGGGCGAACUCGGCGGACGGGCCUCUAGCUCUGUGUGAGGUGGAGGUAUUCGGACGAAAGACGAAUAACAAGACCCCGAUUUCAAGUAAUCAUACGGCUCAACAGGUCAGCACAAAGUCUGGUAACGUUGCCAGUAGGGCCGUGGACGGAAAGUUUACAGCAACCAUGGGCAGCGGGUCGUGUUCCCAGACUGCCGGGACGGAAAAUAACGAAUGGUGGACGAUUGACCUCGCCAGAGGCCAUAAUGUCACUAACGUGCAGAUUGUGGCGAGGGGAGACUGCUGUGCUUCUGACUUGACCGAGUUUACAAUCCUGACUUCGGCAACCUUUAGCGAUGCCGAAAUAUCCACAGUCUACUCCCGAGCGGUCAAUGUGUCAGUGAGCCCGCUGAUCCCACCAGGGUCAGCCACGGGAUUCAAAUAUUCGAUCUGCCAAGCAAGCGUACAGGUCGCCCUGAAAGAUGGGCAGUCUUUCAUGGUGGACUGUGAGCCUGGCGCCGUUGGCCGUCACUUGACAAUUGUCAAGCACAAGUCGAAGGCCAAGCCCCUGGAGCUGUGCGAAGUCGAGAUUUAUGGUGUUGCCGUGCCUUGAUUUAAAACUAUAUCGGCCUUUCAGAAAUAAUUGACCAUGUCCAUUUGGGCCAGUGUUAACACUACUAGACCGAUUCCUUUCAAAGGUACAGGGCGGAAAUUGCUUAAAAAAUCUCUCUGGGUCUCAAAACGAGUAGUUUUGGUACAGCUGUCCAAAUGGACGUGGACAUUUAAGUAGGACACUGCUGAUGUUGGUGUUGAUUUUAAAGUUGGGCUAUCAAACUUUGAUAUUCAUGAUACGAAAAAUAUUGCACAAUCUUUUAACCAUUGUGUAUAUUUUUAAGCUAAUUCCAAAAGCCAUAAAACUUUUAAAAUGUGUUUUCCGAUCAACUCAUAGUUGUAAUUGGUUGACAUCAAAUAAAGCAAAACAUGACGUCAACACACUUCCCUUGAUAGUGUACACAUCACUUGUAUACUGUGCCGCGUGAUGCACUGUUUGUUAUAGUUUGUGCUACACGCAGGAGUUCUAGCUACAUGUAUGUACUCUGUGCAAAAAUAGUCUUGCUCUUUUGAACAUUUCUUGACGUUUUGACGUCUUCUUUCUUUCAAAGACUGGUUCUGCGAGUGACGAAGGAGGGCCGGGUGGACCAGAUUAAGAUGCCCUCUGUGAUCACUAGGUGUCUCUUUUAC